CAGGUCUGGUUGGCUGGGGGUUUCACAGCGGCUGUGGGAAGGUGGACCGCGGCUGCGCUCCAGCUCCGCAGCCUGCCCAGCAUUAACAUCAGGGCUCCGGAUCCAGGGACUAUGAAACCCUAUAUCAUGCUGCUCCCAUAGUCACCCUAGGAAAGAACCAUGUCAUCCUGGUUUUAAGACAACCUGCAAGAAAGCGCAGCACUUUUCCAUUAAUAAAGCAGAUACCUCAUCCUGCUUUGAGAACCAAUAAAAUGGCUUUACUUCCAGUGCUGGUGAUUCUCAUUGCUAUGCUGCUUCCACCUUUACCUGCAGAAGGAGGGGAUCCGGAUUUGACUAAUAUAUUAACCUCUCAAAAGAAAAUCCAAAAAGAAAUUGUAAAUAAACACAAUGAACUAAGGAAAUCAGUAGCUCCACCUGCCAGCAACAUGCUAAAGAUGGAAUGGAACAAAGAAGCAGCAAAAAAUGCUCAAAAGUGGGCAAACAAGUGCACUCUACAGCACAGUAAUCCAGAGGAACGAAAAACCAAUACAAAAUGUGGUGAGAAUCUCUAUAUGUCAAGUGACCCUGCUCCCUGGUCAGAUGCAAUCCAAAGCUGGUAUGAUGAGAGUAACAAUUUCAUAUAUGGUAAAGGACCAAAGAGUUCCGAUGCAGUUGUUGGACAUUAUACUCAGCUUGUUUGGUACUCAUCUUACCGUGUUGGAUGUGGAGUUGCCUAUUGUCCCAAUCAAGCGGAUCUAAAAUACUUCUAUGUUUGCCAGUAUUGUCCAGCUGGUAAUAUUCUGAGCAAAAAGAAUACACCUUACCAAGAAGGAGCACCUUGUUCCAGUUGCCCUGAUAACUGUGACGAUGGACUAUGCACCAAUAAUUGUGAGUAUGAAGAUCUCCUUAGUAACUGUAAUUCCUUGAAGACAACAGCUGGUUGUGAACAUGACUUGCUCAAGGAAAAGUGCAAGGCCACUUGUCUCUGUGAAAACAAAAUUUACUGAAAUGCCUAUGUCCAUUGAACAGAACUAGGCAGAGAAAGGCUGCAUCAUUGAAAUGCUAAAUGCCAAAGGGGAAAUUGUAGACAUUUUAGUUACAAAUUCGAUUACAAAAAAGGAAUGCAUCUUUUUCUCUUGGAUCCUUACGGGAUCUCUUUCAUACAAGGAUUUAUGACAACAGCAGGGCAUAUGAUGAGAUGACAACUUUAGGCUUUGAUAUAAAUUUGGUACUUUAAGCUUAAUGAAUUGGAUAAAGUUGAGGAUUUUGAAAUUUAUACAACCAUGAGACUUAGGUCAUAAAAAUUUUGAUGAAAAUGAAGAAUUACAUGAUUCCUGAAGCAACAUGCCAAAAAAGGAGAACACCAUUGUCACUUCAACUACACCAUUUUUCACCUGUAUAAAGAAAAAACUGAAAGACUGACAUCUCUUUUUGUUGUAUGGCCUCCUUUUUAAACAAAAGUACUUAGCUUUUAGAAUAAACAACUUAUUUUAAGACUCACAUGUAUGUAUACAAUUCUUGUGUGAUAAUUUG